AUGAUAACAGGUUUGCACUUGGCGGCUUGGUUUGGGUUAUGUGAAGCAUCAAAGAUUCUUCUUGAGCACCAAGUAGCUUUGAACUCUAAAAAUAUUUUCGGUCGCACCCUGCUAUUUUUUGCUGCUGAGAACGGACAUGAGAAUGUCGUUAAGCUCCUUCUAGAAACGGGUGCCGACUUAGGUACUAGAAGUAGACUUGGCGAAACGCCACUGUUUGAGGCAGCAUUUUUUGGACAUGAUGGCGUCGUCCUUAUGGCUUCAGAGCUUAAUCAUGAGAGUAUUGUUGAGCUGUUUCUGAACAGGAGCGCUGACUUUGACGUCCAAGAUAGAGCUGGCAGAACACCCUUGUACUGGGCUGCAAAACAUGGAAAUGAUGGUAUCGUUAAGCUGCUUCUAGGAAAGGGUGUCCAGGUAGAUCACUGGGGCAAAACGCCACUACUAUGGGCCGCAAAAGGGGGUCACGAUGCUGUCGUUAAGUUGCUUCUUCAAAAGGGCGCCAAAUUUGAUUCUAAAGAUGAAAAUGGCAGAGCACCGCUACUGUGGGCUGCAAAGAGGGGUCACGAUGCCGUUGUUAAGCUGUUUUCAGAUAAGGGCGCCACUUUCGAUCCUAAUGAGCUAUCCUGGAAUGACUAUGAACGUGACAUCGAAGACGAAUAUGAAUAUGACGAUGAUGAUGGAUUUGAUGGAUUUGAAGACGACGAUGACGAUGACGAUCACUACCAUCUACCUCAUGCUCUGUUAAACAGGAUGCCAACAAAUGUGGGCAGGGGGUUGUUCAAAUAUAGUGACUAG